AUGAGCGGCGGGGGCGAGAACGCGCAGUUCGGCGCCACCGCCGCAAUGGUCGCCGCGGCCACCACGGCCGCGAUGCAGGACUCGCAGCCAUUUUCGCAGAUGCAAAGUAACAUGACUAUGGGAAAUCCCCAAUAUGGUGCGAUGAACGGCUAUGGUCAACAACGCAGUCAUAACCCAGCAAUGACUGGGAUGGGGAUGGGUGGCAACAGCGGGAUGAAUGGGAUGACCGGUAUGGGGCAAAUGGGAAAUGCCGGUAUGAACGGUAUGAACCCAAUGGCUCAGAUGGCUAACAUGGGUAUGCACGCAAACAUGAUGCCAUCGCAAAUGGGGCCUGGACAAAUGAGCAGCUCGGCAAAAAUGGGGCCGGGAUACCAGAGGCGGCAUACGCCGUAUCCGUCCGGUACUAUGCUGAUGGGCCAGCGGAAGACGCAGUACAUGAGUGGGCAGCCCAAUUUUGGACCGACUCAGUACCCAGCUGGGUACGGUGGUAGGCCGGGCUUCCAGGGGCAAUACCCUCCACAGCAACCGUUGGGACCUAGCGGAAAUUUCGGUGCAGCAAUGAGAGGAACGAUGAGGCAGUCGACGCCACCUUAUUCGAAUCAGGGGCAAUAUUUUAAUGGUAACGUGCCAAACCAGUUCCCUCAGCACCAGAGCAGUAAUGCGCAGUAUGGUGGACAAUAUGGAGGUCAAUUCGCGCAGGAAGUUGCAAUGCGCACUAACAUGAGCUACCAGCACAGUCCAGUUCCUGGAAAUCCGACGCCACCCCUAACGCCUGCCAGCAGUAUGCCUCCAUAUAUCAGCCCUAAUGGCGAUGUGAAACCUCAUUUCAACGAGCUGAAACCUUCUAUGGGCAUGCAAAAUGACGAGCUCCGGUUAACAUUCCCCGUAAGAGAUGGUAUUAUACUACCACCAUUUAGAUUAGAACAUAAUUUAGCUGUUAGCAAUCAUGUAUUUCAAUUAAAGCCCACGGUCCAUUCGACGUUAAUAUGGAGAUCGGACCUUGAGCUACAAUUAAAAUGCUUCCACCACGAAGAUAGGCAGAUGAACACAAACUGGCCAGCAAGUGUUCAAGUGUCGGUCAACGCAACUCCAUUAGUAAUAGAUAGAGGAGAGAACAAAACAUCACACAAACCAUUGUACCUGAAAGAAGUGUGCCAGCCAGGAAGAAACACGAUACAGAUCACCGUUUCAGCCUGUUGCUGUUCGCAUCUGUUUGUAUUACAAUUAGUUCACCGGCCGAGCGUACGAAGUGUGCUGCAAGGCCUAUUAAGAAAACGCCUAUUAACAGCAGACCACUGUAUCGCGAAGAUCAAAAUGAACUUCAACCAAACGCCGACAAACGGUAGCAAUGGAUCUAACACUGCUAAUGACAGGGACAGUGUUGAACAAAUAGCUUUAAAAGUAUCAUUAAAAUGUCCAAUUACGUGUAAGAAGAUCACCUUACCAGCACGUGGACACGAAUGCAAACACAUACAGUGCUUCGAUCUGGAAUCGUAUUUACAACUAAACUGUGAACGGGGGUCAUGGCGAUGUCCAGUCUGCAAUAAACCAGCACAAUUAGAAGGGUUAGAAGUCGACCAAUACAUGUGGGGCAUCCUAAACACGUUAAACAGUUCAGAUGUAGAUGAAGUGACAAUCGACAGUGGCGCCAACUGGAAGGCUACUAAAAUAACUAACAAUACUGGGAUUAAGCAAGAAGAAGAUAGCAGUGACGGCAGCUUAGGAAAGCGUAGUAAAGCAGUAUCACCGGGUUCUAUGAACAUGCCAACAAUGAACAACUGGGAUAUGAACCAGGCAUUAUCGCCAUACCUUCCUCCUGACAUGAACACAAUAGCCAGUGGCUCUAUGAUCUCUUCCUAUAACCAAAACGGCCAGAACAGAAAUUCAAGUUCGAACAAUCAGAAUUAUGAUUUUGGUAUGAACAAUGGGCCUGGCAGUAACGAGUUUGCUGGAAACGGACCUCUGUCUCAUCUAAAUGAGAGUGUAAACUCAUUAGAUCCUCUGAACGCGAUGGAGAAGAGUCUUAACGAUCAGAUGCCGCAUACACCGCACACGCCGCACACGCCGGGCUCAGCGCACACACCGGGCGGUGGCGGCGCCCACACGCCGGGUUCCUCGCAUACGCCGGGGCCGCCUUCCGUGGACCACCACUCCCUCACCGAUGUCGACAUUCCCGCCGACCUCAAUUUUGAUCCCGCCGCCGUCAUAGAUGGAGAAGGGACAGAUAAUCUCAAUUUAUUGCCGGAGACGAGUGUGGACCCGAUGGAGCUAUUGUCGUAUUUAGACGCACCUGCACUAGGUGAGCUACUAGCGACGCCGCCGUCGUCAUCAUCGUCGGCGGGCAGCCAUCCACCGCGUGCGCCUUCCUCCGACGACCUCCUGGCGCUGUUUGAAUGA